AUGGUGCUGACCACCAGCGACAAGAACAACGUCAAGACCGUCUUCGCCAAAGUCGGCGGCAGCGCCGAGCAACUCGGCGCUGAGACACUGGACAGGGACGUGAUGUUCACCGCCUACCCCCAGACCAAGACCUACUUCCCCCACUUCGACGUGCACCACGGCUCCGCUCAGAUCAAGGCGCACGGCAAGAAGGUGGUGGCUGCACUAAUUGAGGCUUGCAACCACAUCGAUGACAUUGCGGGUGCCCUCUCCAAGCUCAGCGACCUCCACGCCCAAAAGCUCCGUGUGGACCCCGUCAACUUCAAAUUCCUGGGCCAUUGCUUCCUGGUGGUGGUGGCCAUCCACCACCCCACUGUCCUGACCCCGGAGGUCCAUGCUUCCCUGGACAAGUUCCUGUGCGCUGUGGGCAACGUGCUGACUGCCAAGUACCGUUAAGACGGCACCGUGGCUAGAGCUGGAUGCAACCUGCUGCCAGCCCUCAAUCAGCGAGCAGUCAAAUGAUCUGAAAUAAAAUCUGUUGCAUUUGUGCUCCA